GUUCAGUCCGUUCUCAUUUGUCUUGUGCGAUGGUUGCAUUGCCAGUCGAAAAAGCGAUUCUGCUCAUAUUUUCUCUCCAUUCGACAUUGCAAUCUUCUCCAGAACAAGACUGCAAUAACGGCUGUCAUCCAACAGAUCCAAACAAACUAAAUAUACAUUUAGUGCCUCAUACUCACGAUGAUGCAGGGUGGUUGAAAACAGUUGACCAGUAUUAUUACAGGAGUAAGUGAAGUGCAGAAAGAAGGCCAAAAUUACCUUGCGGAAGGUGGAGUCCAACAUAUAAUAGAUUCAGUAGUCGCUGAAUUGAACGUUGAUCCAUCUCGAAGAUUUGCAUAUGUCGAAAGUUCAUUUUUAUGGAGGUGGUGGAAUGAUCGCAACGGUUUUUAUCGUGAUCUAAUGAGGACUUUGGUGCAACAGGGAAGAUUACAACUUUUACAUGGAGGUUGGGUCAUGAGCGAUGAAGCUACACCACAUUACUCUAUGUUAAUCGAUCAAAUGAUGCUGGGCUUGCGUUUUCUUGAAGAUAAAUUUGGUGUUUGUGGAAAACCGAAAGUGGCAUGGCAAAUUGACCCAUUUGGCCAUUCAGCAGAAGUCGCCCAACAGUUAGUAGAUAUGGGAUUCGAGGGAGUGUUUUAUGGAAGAAUACAUCAAGGGGAUUACGAAAAAAGGAGAGUGAUGAAAGAAAUGGAAAUGAUUUGGAACAUAAAUCCACUAGACAACAAAGGAUCUAAAUCUGAACUAUUUACUGGCAUUUUAUACAAUCUUUAUCAUCCGCCGCCUGGUUUCUGUUUUGAUAUUAUGUGUAAUGAUGAACCACUGAUGGAUAACAAAGAGCUACAUAGUUAUAAUAUAGACAAAAAGGUGCCAGAGUUUAUUCAAAAGAUUAAAAUUUGGGCAACUUCAUACAGAACAAACCAUGUGCUUGUGCCAAUGGGAGGUGAUUUUACAUACAUGAUGGCUGGAACAUGGUUUGUCAAUAUGGAUAAACUAAUAAAGUAUGGAAAUAAUGAUAGCAGCGUACAUUUUCUGUAUUCCACACCUUACUGCUACUUGAAAGCGUUAAAUGCUAAUGGUAAAGUUUGGCCAGUUAAAACAGGAGGAGAUUUUUUCCCAUAUUCUUCAUCAGACAGUCUGUAUUGGACUGGCUACUACACAUCGCGGCCAUCAUUGAAACUUUUAACAAUGAAGGCUAAUAAUAUCUUACAGGUGGUAAGACAGUUAGAUGUAUUAAUGAAUCUAAACCAAACAGAAUGUAUUAACAAACUGGAAAGAGCUGUCGCCUUAGCACAACAUCACGAUGGUAUAUCUGGAACAGCUAAGCAGCAUGUCACUGAUGAUUAUCUUUUAUAUUUGCAUGAGACAAUUGAAGGGGUUCAAACGCUUUUCCAUUCAGCUUACAAAGUCUGGACAGGCCAUGGUGAACAGCAUCAUUUUUGCUUAAACACUAACAUAAGCGCAUGUGAAAUUUCAGAAAGAUUCAAUAAAUUUAUCAUCCACAUUUACAACCCGCUUACCAAAGAUGCUCACAAAUUUGUGAGACUGCCAGUCCAAAUAGAUUACAAUUAUGUCGUGUAUGGCGAUUUGGAUGAUGAAAUUCAAAGUGAAUUAGUUCCUUUACCUCUUAAUUUAUUAAGACUUCCUGAGAGAAUGGGAAGGCCACAAGCUCAAGAUCUACUUUUUGAAGCAAGAAAUAUCCCGCCGAUGAGUUUCAGUACAUAUUUUGUUCAACGUAUUGAUAAAAAAAAGAAUCUGACUUUUCUCAGAUUUAAGAGUUAUAAUGAACAUCAACCCAAGGAAGAGAUAGGGUUUUAUUUUACUGAGGAUUUCAAGCUUAUAAUAAACAGCAAUUCUGGCGAAUUGUUGUUUUUGGAAGUAAACAAUGAACGUCAUAAACUGCAAAACAUAUUUGGCUAUUAUACACCAUCGGAUAGUGGUUGGAGUUAUAAACGCUCUGGAGCUUAUAUAUUUAGAUCUGCCAAAUUUAUUACGCUUGAAUUCCCAAUAGAAUUUUCAGUAUACAAAGGAAAGAACUUAAUUGAAAUUCAUCAAAAAUACUCUGAAUGGAUUUCCCAAGUUGUGCGCAUUUACAAAGGACGUACUUUUGUUGAAUUUGAAUGGAUGAUUGGACCCAUUCCAUCCCAGGGGGAUGGAAGGACAAAAGAGAUAGUAACAAGGUAUAUAACCUCAAUUGGGAACGAUAGGAAAUUUUUCACGGACAGCAAUGGAAGGCGUUUUAUGCCUAGGGCAUAUAAACCACAUGAAAAGAUAGAAGCUAAUUAUUAUCCUGUAACUUCGGCUGGACGGAUUUCAGAUAAAAACUGUACACUCACUGUGUUGACCGAUAGAGCACAAGGUGCUUCGAGUCCCGAAGAUGGAAUCUUGGAAUUUAUGCUUAAUAGAAGGACAAUGCACGAUGAUGGUAAAGGGGUUAAUGAACCACUCCAGGAAAAAGUCAUGGGAAUAGGUUUAGUUGCUCGUGGAAAACACAUACUGUGUUUCCACUCAAAUGUUGACAAAGAUAAAAUAGCCAACUGUCACAGAAAGAUGGCUCAAGAAAUAGCUUAUUCUCCAUGGAUGUCGCUCUCCUAUACACAUUUAAGUCGUCAAGAAUGGCUAGCAGCCUACUCUAAAAAGGUUCCUUACAUCAAUUUAUACAUGAUACCACCCAAUAUUCAUAUUUUGACUAUGCAAAAGUAUGCAUUUAACAAAAUUCUCCUUCGCUUUGAACAUUUUUAUGAUGUUGAAGAACACUCAAUUCUCAGUAUGCCAGCGACGUUUCAGAUAUAUAAUCUUUUUAGGAAUUUCGAAUUGAUAGACAUGAAAGAGAUGACACUUGGGGCGAACAAAAUAAAACAGUGCAAUUCACGUAUGAAAUGGAGAAAAUUAUAUAACAAUACAACAAAGUAUGCUUGGGAUGAUUACACCAACUUAACCUCAUUUACUAUUACACUCUCACCGAUGGAAAUAAAGACUUUCUUUUUAACUGUACGCCCUCUUAAUUAAUAGUUAGAGAUAAAUAUUAAGUAAAUUAUUUAGUGUAGUUUAAUAUUAAGUUUUAAAAAAAAGAUCAUCAUAUGUAUUUAUAUUAAUAAUAUUUCUAAGCCAUUUAUUUGUAUAUAUGAUAUAUAUAUUUAUAUAUAUAACUUAACUUAAUAAUAUAAGUUAACUUUCAUUGGCCAAUUGUGUGUGUGGUAUUGAAACAAAAGAGAUUGUAAUUAAAAAAAUAUUUUAAAAAAUAAAAUUCUUGUGAUUAUGAACAUAGCACACUUGUUCUAAUACUAACCUUUUUUUGGUAACAAGUUAGCUAAAAACACUCAUUAAUGAGAAUAGAUUAUUUUACCUGACAGAUUUUGAAUAAACCAAGUUGAAUGCCCAUAGAGUGGCGAUUUAAACUACAGGUCUCAUCCUUAGAGAAUACGUUUCUUUUUUGAAUUGGGACAGAUUUUGUUAGCUUAAAACAUUUAAUGAAUUGUAAUUACAAAAGUUUAAAGAUCUCUUUUACAAAUAAGACAUCAAAGUUAACUGAAUGCCAUUUUUUUAGGAGGUGAGAUUUUGAUUAUAUGUUAGUUUUAUGUCACCAAAUGUAUAAAAAUGUUAGGGGACAAAAAAAGUAAAUAUACUAAUUUCUUAUGUGUGUAA